AUGUAUUUUCCCAUUGGAUGGCCUAAAUAUUUAAAAGAAACGCAGAAAGAUUCCCCCCAGCUUCACUAUGUUAUUAGUAACUGUGAUAGAAUGCUAUUCGCUGUACUUUCGGAGGAUACAUUAAGUGUUUGGUAUUGCAAGCCCACAGUACAGAUUGUAAACUACACACAGUCACAACGUGACCUUGCCUGUAUUGGAGGAUUCAGUGUGGCAGAAUGGAAGCCCGACUCCUCAAUGAUUGCUGUCAUGACGACCAGACAACAUGUGAUGUUUUUCAAAGUGGACCUGGAUAUUUCUGUCCCCAAUCAUCACUGCCUUUAUGUACAACAGGAGGGCAGAGCUCACCCAUCAAAACAGGACUUGAAUGGUAUUCCAGAUAGUGACAGUGUUCCAGCCAUCAAACUGACUGCUGUAUUUCAGCUCAAACUCGCAAGUCAAAUCACAUGGUGUUUAUGUGUGAGGGAUGAUCUUGUGGUCGCCACAGCUGAUGGUUGUCUGAAUCGGGUCAAGUGGAAUGGCACACUCAAUGCCAAGGUUUGCUUAGUCCUUCAGGAUAUUCCAGUAUCUUUAGACUUCCAGAAAACAAAAGCGGCCAAGCUGACAGCAAGUGACGGUCAUGUUGUCCACAUGGAGUACAGUCCCAUUAUUGGUGGCUACAUCAUGGUCCUGUCAAGUGGGCGUGGCUUGUUUGUUAUGCCACCUUCCUCACGAGUUGACAACAGUGCGGCUCAGGGUGUUUGGGUACAGGACUUGAAGGAUGCCACUUGUCUUUGUGUGAACCAUCGAUACAGACUGAUGGCCUUCGGCUGUUGUAGUGGUGAUGGGCAUGUGUAUGCCAUCAAUGAACUGGAGGGGACCAUUGAACUGUCACAUAAGCUGACUGUAUCCAGCAGGGAUUAUCCAGAUGCAGCCCAGAUUGCAGGCCCAGUGCGCUGUCUAAAGUGGACUCCAGAUGGCACUGCACUUGCAAUGUGCUGGAAAAAUGGAGGGUUUUCCCUGUGGAGCGUGUUUGGUUCACUGUUGGUGUGCACACUUGGUGGGGACUAUUGUUUCCCAAAUGAUGGUGUUCGUCUGUUCCCACCUCCUAUCUGUUCACUGGAAUGGGGACUAGAGGGCUACCAGUUGUGGAUGGUGUGUGAGGCGUUGGAGACAGAGGAAGAGGGAUAUGUUGGUUACCAUGGACACGGAAACAUGUCACACAUCAUGCAGUUCCAAUUUGUAAAGAGUGCUUUAACUGUCAAUCCUUGUAUGGCAAACCAUGAACACAUUUUCCUACAAGGGGAGGACAAACUCUACAUGAACACCAGUGAUGUUUCCCAGAAAUCUACUAGUCGCACUGAAUCUCACUUACUUGUGGGCAACAAACAUUGGCACAUCAUACCCAUUUCCCAUAGUUACCUCGCCACCAACUGGCCAAUCAGGUAUGCAGCAGUGGACAGAAGUGGUCAAUACUUGGCUGUUGCCGGCAAGACUGGACUUGCCCAUUAUAACUUUCUUAACAGAAAGUGGAAGCUCUUUGGUAACGAAACACAGGAACGAGACUUGGUGGUAUCUGGGGGUAUGGCUUGGUGGAAAGAUUUUAUAUGUGUGGCAUGUUACAACAUUGUUGGGCAGAGAGAUGAGAUAAAGUGCUAUCCACGUAGCUGUAAACUUGAUAACACCUUCGCCGUUAGUACAAAGGUGCCUUCCCAGGUUCUGUUACUGAACACAUUCCGAGAUGUCCUAAUUGUGUUCUGUAUAGACUCUCAUAUCAUGUUAUACAAUCUGGAGAGAAAAAAUACCCAAUCCAAUCUGAUGUUGGAAAUAAAUAAAGUACAGGAGGUUUCUUUGAACAACUAUGUGCCACAUCCAGUGUGUGUGACAGGAUUGGCCCUUACCUCAUUAAAGACAGAAUAUGGUACAAGGUCCCAACAUCACAACAAGGAGGCAGAGAGCUUACUACUAAGUGUGGCAGGCAAACUGCUUAUGUUCCAACGAGAUUUGUCAGGGCCACAGAUCAAAGAUCCCAACCAAACCAAACACAAACUUCCACAAUUUUGUCCACCUUCAGUUGUAGCCACCAGCAUGGAGAACAUGUGGACUACAUCACGAGCAAAUCAGGGUAAAAUGCAGCUAAUGGAGGCUUUAUGGUUAGGCUGUGGGGCUCAGGGAAUGAAGGUGUGGUUACCACUCUACCCUCGUGAUGAAACUAAGACAUUAAAUUUUAUGUCCAAAAGAAUCAUGCUGCCGUUUAGAGUGGACAUUUAUCCAUUAGCGGUACUGUUUGAGGACGCCGUGAUAUUAGGUGCUGCCGGUGAUGCUAUAACUUACCAGUACCAUUCAGCAAAUGAUGCUUCGCCAAAGAAACCUACACAUAUUCUACCUUUCUGCAUUCUGGAAAGAACUAGUCAAAUAUAUCUUCAUCAUAUUCUCAGACAGUUGUUACGAAGGAACUUGGGAGUAAAUGCGCUUGAUCUGGCUAGGAGCUGUACAGAGCUUUCCUACUUUCCCCAUGUGUUGGAGCUUCUACUACAUGAAGUUCUGGAGGCUGAAGCCACCUCCAAGGAACCAAUACCAGAUCCUUUGCUUCCAAGAAUUGUAGCAUUUAUCCAGGAAUUCCCGGAGUUCUUACAAACAGUUGUUCAUUGUGCCAGAAAAACAGAAGUGGCCCUCUGGCCAUAUCUGUUUUCAUCUGUGGGGAACCCCAAGGACCUGUUUCAGGAAUGUUUGAUAAGUGGAAAAUUAGAGACGGCAGCUUCAUACCUCAUCAUUUUACAGAGUCUAGAGAAACCAAUCGUCAGUAGACAGCAUGCCACACUGUUAUUAGAUUCAUCACUGGACAAGGGCAAAUGGGAUUUAGCUCGAGACUUGGUUCGAUUCCUCAAGGCAAUAGAUCCUUCAGAUGUUGACUCUCCCACAAACCUGUCCUCAAUAGGCAGAACCACGGGGUAUUCCAGUCCUCCAAUAUCACCACCAGACGCAGACGGAUUCAGCUUUACAAAUGUCAGUAAUGUCAGCAAUAUUAAUCGUGUACGAAGUUCCAGUGUGACCUCUACAGACUUGGUUCAGAAUGUCCGAGUCAAAGAAAAGCUUAAACACACGAUGUCGGACAACCCAGUCCAUGGAAGACGAAUGUCACCAAAGCCUAAAGAUGAUUCCUCACCCGACCAAUUGUACAUAGAUGUGAUACUGUGUCGUCACUGCCGACGCCUUGCCGAAACAAACAGGAUGAGAGACAUGGGCUACUUUGCUGCUAAUAUGGAAGACUUUCAGCUUGUGUCCUGGCUCAAACGAGAAAGGUUACGUGCAGCCAAAGUUGAAGAUUUUGUGACAGCACUAAGAGACCUACAUCAGCAGUUUGAGUGGCCAUUCCCUAUUCUUUCCUACUCUGCCUUUCAACAACUUAAAAACAAAACUUUUUCAACAUCAAGUCUAGCGUCAAUGUCUUUAUUAGAGGAAGAGUUGCAAAAGACAGAACAAGAUGUAUCUCUGGGGGAGAAAAAAGAACGAGAGGAGGGAGGAGCUUAUAACCAGUAUUUAGGCACUACUCGACCAGGCUCUAGUGAACAGAACAUCUCCCACUCCCUGUCUGAUGAUAUCAUACUCAGACCACAGAUAUCUCAAACGGAGGAGAGCAGCUUAGCUACCAUGGAAGUAUCAGACAAUAGUUCUCUACUGGGGGAGUUUGAAUACCUGGCCGACAUCAGUAGCAGUACAGAUCCUUUGUCACCAGAACUGGAGAUCCUCUCUCAGGAAAUGGCUAACAAGGGUCCUAUACAGUCAGAACUGGAACUCAGGUACUUACUCCAGAUAGCACUAGAAGCAGGAUGCCUAGAGUGGGCUCUUAUCUUCUCUAUGUUGUUACGAGAUGCUUUGGCGGUGGUUAGGACCGUCAACACUGCCAGUAUGACAGACACACCGUUGGAGAUUGUUGCCCGGAUGAGGGAGGGUCUGUCCUACCUUGAGCUGUGGGCAGAUACUGAAUGUCUUGGGUACAAACCUUUCUUGCAUGCUAUUCGAGGACAGAUUCAAUUGUUAAAUAAACUAGCAGAACAAACGCCACCAACUUUACAGCUGAGCACAACACCUAUAGAAAGCUCGUCAUUGAAUGAGGGACAAAUAUCACCUGUGUUACAAGCGAUGCGCUCCAUGGAUAUUGAAAAUACUAUAGAGAGUGACAUUGACAGCAAAAUCAAAGAGGAAAAGGGAAGUGAUUGCGCUGUCUCAUGAUAUAAAAAAUGACCAGACGUUGUUGUAUAAACUAUAUCAUGUUGCUAUGUAAAAGUCAGCGGACCAAGAUUUUCACUAUGGCUGUACCCAGGUAACCGGUUACAGGCAAGGUUUUAGA